AUGACGUGCUGCACGAAAAACGUGCUGCAGCACGUUUACGUUAACGCACUAUUCCCAUACUUGGAUAAUAAUAAAAUACAAUUCCUUAGUUUCCAAGGUCAAUCAAAUAAUAGUAUUGAGUGUGAGCUAUUCGCCAUUUGUUUUGUUACCGCUUUAGCUUUGAGAGUUAAUCCAUCCUGUAUCAAUUUCAUUGCCGAGGACAUGCGACGUCAUUUGUUUGAUAUGUUAUCUCGAGGUGUAUUAGAACUUUUCCCAUCAACUAACACCGCAAGAAGAGCUGGCCGGCCACCAGCAAAUUUGUUCCUUAAUAUACUAGCAAAGAAAGAAAAAUGUAAAAUUAAGGAUGCCGAAAAGAAAAAAAACAAAAGAUCUCAAGAAACUGAAAGUCAAAACGCUAAUAACAAGAAAAACAUUGAAUACCCCACAUUUACAGAUAAUACGCAGAUAUUUGAAAGUCCAACGUUUACAAGUAGUACGCAGAUAUUUGAAAGUCCAACGUUUACAGGUAGUACACAGAUAAUUGAAAGUCCAACAUUUACAGAUUAA